CAUGUCCACCAUCGUUGCGCUUAAAGACUGAUACCUGCCUACGAGAUAACUUGCCCCAACUUUUGACAUUGAUUACAAUUAGCAUCACGAUGGCCUCCUCUACAAAGGCUCGCCAACCUCGACUCCGAGCUUCAUGCGACGGAUGCUUCUUAGCUAAGGUCAAAUGUUCUAAAGCUAGGCCAAUAUGUUCUCGCUGCUUAGCUUGCGGCAUCGAGUGUCGAUAUUCACCUUCGAGCAGGGCAGGCAAGCCUAAAUCUGAACAUAGCGGAAGCACUCACACGAAUACUCCCCAAGAUAUGCAGCAGAUGCACCACGGCAUGAUGGAAGACAAGAAUAUUACAUACUCCGCAGCACACCAAACACCGCCUGAACAUAUGUUCACUUUUGAAACAGGAUGGACGACCCCUCCUACUAGUAUGGACGGUGGUCUCAGUCGAAACCCUUCGAUAUCGACGGGACUUGCUUUGCUCGGAGUUGAAGAUAGAGCGAUGAGCGAACACGACCCAAUGUCCGCCCCUCCAGAGAUGUAUUCGUCCACCAUGCCGUGGACCCCGCCUACAGACCUUUCGUGCGCGACAUUUGGCGAUAUGCCCGUCACAACAGGUCCUAUGCCCGGCGCUCAGAUGCGAUCUCAAUCGUUCGAUUUGUCCAUGUCAACGCCAAUGGCAUGGAACGACCCGGUCUCCCACGAUAUGAUGGGUUACAACCAGGUGCCUACCCCGACAAGCAUGUCUUCAAACUAUUUCCCCAGCCCAACGACAACGCCUACAAUGAGGCCGGCCGGUCCACGCCAUAGGUCAUCGUCAUCUACUAUUAACGGAGGUUCCUGCACCUGCUUUACAGCCUGCCUGCAAUCACUUCAAGCAUUGCAUAAUGCUUCUUCUCCAGCAUCACCGCCCUUUGACUUCGUCUUGUCUCUGAAUCGGAAGGCAGUCGAAGGGUGUGCCGCCAUGCUAUCCUGCACCAAAUGCAUGAGCCGGUCUGGUACACAUACUGCGACAAUGCUCCUUGCUACGAUCAUCGGUAAAAUCACCUCUUUCUACAAAGCCGCCUCUCACUCGUAUUUUGAACAUGGCGGCAUGGGCAUGACACCGAACAACCCAGGGACUAACGUCGGGGUCAGUCUCGGCGUAUAUCAGCUCAAUGGCGAAGAUGGGAAAUGGCUGGAGCUCGAGAUUCUAGCUAGGGAGCUUAGAAAACUAGAUGAAGUGUACUCCAGAUUUCGAGAAGUUGUCUGUACUGAUUUCUCCGAUGUCCCCGAUGUCACGAAAGCUAUGAUCGGUUACCUUGGACAAAAUCUAGGAUCCACACUUGAAGUUAUUAGCCAUAGAAAGGGGGACAUGACCUUUAUUGCUUAAAGCUCCGAGCAACCACUACGAUAGGCGCAAAUGCGGAACUAGACCGCAUACUAUCGGACGAGAUUACGAUGUGACGCAGAAGAGGUUUAUAUGGCCUACGCAGCAGUUUAUACGUUUCAGGACUGGCUAAUUAUAAUGAUCAACUUCGAUUCCACUACUAUCUACACGUUCUACAUUUAUACGUUGGGUUUCGCCACAGGGUCCAUCACAGGGAAAGCGAGUUUCGGCGCUCUGAGGCAGGUGGUCUAUUUACAAGCUGGAGUCACCUGCUUUUUUUUAUUACUUUCUCGCGCUAGGGCAUCGUACGCUUGGUCUAGGAUAAGCAAUAGGGGGAAAAGCUAAGCUAUUAACCUAGAAUAUUAUCUUGCAUUUUGGGUGGCUGUUUGACCUGCAAGACAGGAGGCGUUGGGAUGGGUUGAUUCACGACGGUCGGUGGAUAUGUCGGUUUACGAUGGUGAGCGUUAAGCUAUUCUCCUUUUGAUCUUUCUAGAGAUGUGACAAUGUACCAACAUUAUGAGCACGACGACAACAUAUUUUACUCAAGACCUAUAUCUAGCUAGAAAGAAACUUGGACCUACAAUCUACAAUUUAGAUAUUGAUAUCGGAUUCUUCCACACCGCCAGU